AUGUACGCCACCAAGAAGGGCGGCGUAGAGCGAGCAGGCGAAAUUGAGCUAGUACAAAACAUGUGGGAUCAGGAGAAACAUCACUUGAAAACAUUCAACCAGCUUCUCGAGAAUUUCCAGGUGCGGCCGACCAUGUUGUCACCUGUUUGGGUUGCUGCUGGUUGGUUUAUGGGCGCGUCUACAACGGCCAUGGGAAAGGAGUCUGCUAUGGCUUGCACGGAGGCUGUUGAGACUGUUAUCGGUGAGCACUAUGAUGAUCAAAUUAUUCAGCUCAAAAAGUUCGAGCAUCUCCAUCCAGAUCUUGUCAAGCUUAGGGAGACGUGUGAGCAGUUCAGAGAUGAUGAGCUCGAACACCUAGACACCGCCGUUGACCACGGCGCACAGCAGGCUCCAGCACACGCCCUCCUCAGCGCUGCUAUAGGUUCUGCUUGCAAGUUUGGCGUCUGGGCUGCUGAGAAGGUUUGA